CAGGAGCAACCCGCUGUGUCUGCGAAAGACCGCCGUGGCCGUGGCAAGCCGGCCAAGUCUCUCACCUUUCCCCGAACGUGGAUCUACACAGUACUGCGUAGAAGACUCCACGCCACGGCCCAACUACCUACCUACAAUCACCGGCAAGCAACUUUUAAACUUUGUGACGACGAGCCAUAGCCGGUUACCCUUCGAACAUUCCCCACCGUCAUAGCGUCGGGCCAACCACGAUAGUCCAGGGGUCGAGGAAGGGUGGGUUUUCAGACGGAGUUCAACACCGAUGCUUCACCCGACCUCAUGAGCUCAGGAUCGCCAGCCGGACCCGGAGGCGCCUCCGGCACUCCCAUGGCCGAAUUAGACCAUGACGACCUCGGCCCUAACAUCCUCGCGGCGAAUUACACGACUUGGGCAAUUGCCGUCAUCUUCGUUUUGCUAAGGUUUUGGACUCGCGUGAGGAUUGUACGUUCUCUCGGCCCGGCGGAUUGGUUCAUCGCCGCCUCAGUAAUAGCGGCGGGAUGCAUGUGUAUUAGUCAAGCGGAACAAGUCAAAUACGGCAAGGGUAAACACAUUUGGGACAUCGAUAUGGACACCGACUGGAUCCCACAGAGGAAGGCAUGGUGGUUCUCGCUCCUGUGUUACAUCCUCACACUGUUCCUAACCAAGGUCUCCAUCUGCCUCCUCUAUCUCACCAUCUUCACCUUAGAGUGGGCCCGGCGAGCCUGCUACGGUGUGCUGGCCAUCGUCAUCAUCACAAAUCUAUGGGCGAUAGCGACGACUCUCACCUACUGCAUCCCCCUGGAGGCAGCUUGGGACUCGAGCAUCGAAGCUUCCUUUUGUCAGGGCCAAGACGCCUGGUGGGCAAACACAGGAAUCAUCGUCGUAACCGACCUAAUGAUUUUCAUCCUCCCCAUCCCGAUCAUCGCGCCACUCAAACUCCCCCGCCGCCAAAAGCUCGUCGUAGUCGGCAUCUUCGCCAUCGGCUUCUUCGUCUGCCUCGUCUCCCUCAUCCGCCUCGCCAUCCUGAUCCAAGUCAAAAACGCCGCGGACCCCGACUCCACCUACACCAACACCGACCUAGUCUACUGGACCUGCGUCGAGGUCAACACCGCCAUCGUCGUCGCCUGCGCCAUGACGCUCCGGCCGCUCGUCACCCGCUUCUGGCCGCGCCUGUUCGAUUCCCGCGGUAGUAGUGGUGGUGAUGGCGCCGGUGGCGGUGGCGGUGGGGGUGGGAGUAGUGGUGGUGUGUCUGGCGGGGGGCAUGGUCCGCCGUUGACGAUCGGGUCGAAACCUUCGCGGAUGCAGGGGGGGAAGCAUGGGGUGGAGGGGGUGGGGAUUGGGAUUGGGAUUGCGGAGGUUGAUGGGGAUGGAGGGGGGAAUGCAAGGGCGGGCUUGGCGUAUGGGCCGAGUCCGUGGGUGAAGGGGGAUGGGGCGUCGGAGAGGAUGGAGGAUUUGGGGAGGGAGGCCACGGCGAGGUCGAUUGGGUGAUGGGUGGAUGUUGUGGUUGGGUUAUUUUGUGUGCGUUUGCCUUUGGUUAUACCCCCCCCCCGGCGCUGGUGCCGGAUAUGAUGGAAGAUAUAAUGUUAAAACGAGGGGCUAUGGGCUUGGUGGGUAGGUAAUUCUGGGAUACAUAUGGAGGAUGGGUAUUGGGCGUUGGAUGGGGCAUUUGAGGCUACGGAAUAUACAAAGUGAGUACCUACUAAUCAAAUACAGCAAGCAUGGACGCUACAGUUGUGGCCGGUCCAACUGAAA